GUCCACGUUCACGAGUGACCCUGGGAGCUGUAGUGCAGGGCCCGCUGGUGUGUACUGGGAGCUGUGGGCUGGUGCACUGACACAGCUGUGACAGCAUGGGGGGGACACAGUCGCUGGCACUGCCCCCGGGGAAGGGCCCUCACCACGUGGGCUGCACGGAUGUCAUGGUGGGCCACACGCAGCAGGGACUCUUCUUCCGCCUCUUCUACCCCUGCCUGCCGCGGGCCGGCGCCCAGCAGCCGCUCUGGCUCCCGCGCCGCGAGUACUGCUCCGGGCUGGGCAGCGUCGCCCAGCGUGCCCAGCGCUGGCUCCUGCCCCUGCUCAGCCUCACCCUCGGCUCCUGCCGUGUGCCAGUGAGCUGGAAUGGGCCCUUCAAGCCCUGCAGCAGAGGGUACCCACUGAUCAUCUUCUCCCAUGGCCUGGGAGCCUUCCGGACCCUGUACUCCUCGGUCUGCUUGGAGCUGGCAUCCUGGGGCUUCGUGGUGGCAUCUCUGGAGCACAGGGACCACUCUGCCUGCGCCACCUACUUCUGCACAGCAGAGGCUGGCAGAGAGGAGUGGAUCCCUUACCAGCAGGUGCCCCGGGGGCAGAAGGAGUUCUACUUCCGAAAACAGCAGAUUCAUCAGCGGGCAGAGGAAUGUGUGCGAGCUCUGCGGCUCUUCCAGGACCUCAGCAGCGGCAGGUCUGUGCCCAACGCCCUGCAGCAGGACUUCGACCUCUCGGCGCUGCAGGGCAGCAUCGACGUGAGCAAAGCGGCUGCCGUGGGGCACUCCUUCGGCGGGGUGACAGCCGUGCUGGCCCUGGUGAAGGAGCCCAGCUUCAGGUGCGCAGUGGCUCUGGACGCUUGGAUGUUCCCUCUGGAGAACUCCCUGUACCCGGAGGUGCCCAGGCCUGUGCUCUUCAUCAACACUGAGCAGUUCCAGACGCCAGAGAGCGUGGCCAAAAUGAAGAGGCUGAGCUGCAGGAACAGCCAGACGAAGAUCAUAACCAUCCUGGGCUCUGUGCACCAGAGCCACACUGACCUCAUCUUCCUCACCGGGAGGCUCAUCGGCCGCAUCUUCAGUGCCAGAGGGACCCUCGACCCCUACAAGUGCCUGGACAUCACCAGCAGGGCAGCUCUGGCCUUCCUGCAGAGGCAUCUCAACCUGGAAGAGGACUUCAGCCAGUGGGACCAGCUCCUGGAAGGCAUCGGGGACUCGCUCGUCCCAGGAGCGCCCUUCGGCCGCUCCCACCUGUAGCCUGCUCAGGUGGCACCAGUGGGAGCCAGGUUCUGGGAGGGUGGCUGCUGCUUGCCCAACGUGAGCCAGGCAGGAGCCAGAGAGGGCAUGGGGAGCCCCACGGGGAGAGGCAGACCUGGAGCCCAUGCUGAUGGGAUGUGCCCACGUGAGUGUGCCAGGAGAGCCCUGCCUGCUGCAGCACUGCUGCGGUGAGGGCUGUGGGGCUGCAGGAAUAAAAUCCCCAGGGACAGAGACCAA